AGUGGCCAAUCGGAACAGAGUUAACAAGCUACUGCUCUGAACUUGGCUAGGUGUCACCAUAGCAACAGGACAGUGCAUUCUGCUCAGAACUUUAAAGUGUUUUAGAUUAUUAAUUAUAAACGUAUGCGUUCUUGGCUUUGAAACGUCAGCUAACAUAGGAAUGAACAGAACUCCAGGCCAUCUGACAAAAAAUUAUCAUGAAGCAGUCUCCACGCUUGUUUGGAUUAAGAUUGUUGGAAUUGGAAAUGCAGGGACAGGAAAAACAUGCCUUAUAAAGCAUUUCUGUGAAAGCAAGGAUGAAGAUGAGACACAAAACCAAGAAUCAGAGUUCAGUGCUGGUUACCAGCCAACAGUGGGCGUUGAUUAUGGGUUCAAGAUUCAGACAGUGAAGAACACAGAUUUAAGAGUCCACCUGUGGGAUCUGUCCGGAAGUGCGGAGUACCUCGACGUCAGGAACGAGCUCUACUGCGGAAGUGACGCCAUUUUUAUUGUGUAUGAUGUCACCAGUCCUGGCUCCUUUGAAGCCCUGGAAUCUUGGGUGCGGGAGGCCAACCGCUACGCGACAGGCAACCCUGAUAUUGUGAUCGUCGGCAAUAAGGUUGAUCUCAAACAAAAGCGUGUCGUUUCUUCAGUCGAAGCCAAAGAUUUUGCUCUCCUGCAUAAUUAUCGUUAUUUCGAGACCUCGGCAGCAACUGGAGACGGUGUCGACGACAUGUUUCAACAAAUACUGACAGCCGUGUGCGAAAAGAAGUCCACAAAUUGUCAGAAACAAUCAAGUGAAUAUAUAUCUGAGCCGAGCCUCUUUUCUCCCUCUUCAGUUUUCCGUCUGAAAGUUUUCUGAAAAGAUAGAAAUGUCUCGAUACAAUACAGGGAUGAUGGAGAAAGACGACAUCACCAACUGAGGCUUCCAGCUUGUUGCCGUGCGCUCGACGCAUACAGGAAACUGAGGUUACACGUGAUGCACUUGCAGUAUGAACAUGCUGUGCAACAGUCACGUGACUGAAAAAAUAUCUAAGAAACAAAUUUUUAAGGUUCAUGACACCUGGUGGCUAGUGGUGAAAGUUUUGUAGUGACCGUGUCUGGAUAGUAAAACCGUGGUUGUAAGGUCUGCUAGCCAUGUCUUCAACACGCAGACAUACAAGUACAGCGAGGCGGGGGACGAAAUGUCCGCAGUGCAAUGCAUGCAGGCAUGGAGAGGUAGACUGGACACGAGUCAUUUGAGUCAUCCCGUCUUGCUGUGUACUGUGCCUCAUUCUAGAAUAAAGCGAAGCUUUACUUCCACGAUUAGAGAAAUGUCUUAAAGUUCUCGCCAUAUGCGCCAUUGUUCCUUUAUUCCUCUUUUCCACACACACAAAUAAACACAGAUGCGCGCGCAAAAUUUGCAUCGGCAUAGACGAUGACAACUAGUCAAUAGCUCAAGAUGAUUGUUACAUGAUCUGAGGUGAGCUGCCCUGUUCGUCCUUAAAAUUAUUCAACACGCGAUGCACAGAGAC